AUGGGCUGGGUGUACCAUGCCUCUCCCGAUGUCGAAGCCCAGUCUCAAUAUCGCGAGAUUCUGGGCGUCUGUCUUAGUCUAACCCUGCUGAUGGUCAUCACUGUCUCCCUGCGUCUCGGGCUUCGGAUUCAUGCUCGUCGGCUGGGCGCUGCAGAUUAUGUGAUGGGGAUGAGCAUGCUCUUUAGCGUCAUCUAUAGCGCGCUAUGUAUCGCCCAAAGCAAAUACGGUCUGGGACUUCCACUCAACCUGCGCCCGAAAGAAAACCUCCCAACAUACAAAAAGCUCAACUACGCCGGCCGUCCCUUCUACCAGGUCGGAAUCGCCGGCUUUAAAGCCUCCCUCUGUCUUAGCUACCUCCGCUUGCUCUCCAAAACAUCCAUGUCUCUCUACCGCAGCCUCAUUUGGACCGUAGUCAUCAUCUCCACCCUCGGCCAUAUCGCCGGGGCCUGCACUCUGAUCUUCAACUGUCGCCCGGUCGAACUCGCUUGGCGCACGAAUAUCACAGGCACCUGCCUUCCCAUCGGCGACAACUUCUACGGCCUCGCCAUCUUCACCAUCAUCUGCGACAUCGCUGUUAUCUUCCUGCCGAUCCCACUCCUCCUCCGACUCAAGAUCAAACCGGCCCAGAAAGCCGGCGUCGUGUGUCUCUUCCUCCUGGGCCUCUUCACGACUAUUUGCUCGAUCAUGCGAUUAACACAGAUUCACCGCGUGGCCUACGGAGACGGGAAUUCCACUGCGCUGGUCCUCUGGGGGACUAUCGAGUUUAAUGUGGGCAAUAUUAUCACUUGUAUCCCCUACUUGACUCCACUACUUAAGGGCCUAGUGCGAGAUUCCCGAUCUAAUAGUAAUCCGUACGAGAGCCAAUGGAGAUACACAUUGGAGUCAUGGAAGGAUCCGCGAUCUCAGCUGCGAUUGCCUGCGUCGGCGCCGGUGCAUCUGAGGCGCUCACCUAGUGAGGAGUUGAUGUUGGAUGGGCGACCUGGUCAUGGGGGAAUUGAGAUGACUGUGGAGUUGCGGGUUUCGUUGGAGCGGAAGGCGUCCAGAGUUUAG